AUGGACGAGCACCGCUUGCUGUUUGUGCUAUUACCAUGGGAGCUGAGCCUGGACAGACAGCAGUGAGUUAUCAUUAUUUUAUACACUUUUAUUGUGUAAGAAAUCAGGUACGGUGCAAGCCCUGGGUAACUAAGCGUUAAUUACAAUGUCCCUUUAAACUCAGUAAAUGUGGUGUCAGUGAAUUAGCAAUGUACUAACUGUCUGUCACAAUGGGAUACAUUGUAACAUUAUCAUGUAUCAUGCUAAGAGAAUUGUGUUCUUAGGUGUAUUAAUAUGUCUAUGUAUUAAGCUGCAGCACAUUUUGCAGCGUUCUACAAUGUUCUUAGGUAAUUUAGACCUUUUAGUGGGAGCUCACUUUUUAGUUUUAAACAUUGGCAAAUCUCUUUUUCUGUUUUCAUCACAAUACCUGCAACUGGUGUUUGUCAGAUGUCAUUUUAUAUUAAUGGCUGUUCCUGCACACAUUGGGGGAUAAGCACUGAAAGAACUAAUCGUUUAACUGCAAAAUAAAUGGGAUUGGCAACACUUGAACAAAAGUUGAUUUGUAGAAACAAUCCAAAACUGUUAUGGUUUAAUUAAAUUAUUAAAGGGAAACUAUAGUACCAGGAAAACAAACCCGUUUUCCUGGCACUAUAGCUUCCCCUUCUGUCAAGGCCCCCUCCCGUGGCACUGAAGGGGUUAAUAACCCCUUGGUCCAGCGCCAAUGUACCCCGAUCCAGCGCCGGCUGCUGGCAGGGGAGACCUAAUGCUUUCCUAUGGGGAUUCUGGUGACGCUCAACGUCCUCAUGCAGAGCGUGGGGACGUUAAAUGUAAUUUAAAACCCUUUUGGUGCUGUUAGAAUCCAGAAGCACCAUCUAGCGGCUGUCUGAGAGACAGCAACUAGACGUUGGAUUAGCCCUGUAAUCAAAACACUGCGGUUUCUCCAAGGGGAGAGGGGCAAGGCACCCAGACCACUCCAAUGGGUAGAAGUGGUCUGGGUGCCUACAGUAUCCCUUUAACCCCUUAAGGACCAAACUUCUGGAAUAAAAGGGAAUCAUGACAUGUCACACAUGUCAUGUCCUUAAGGGGUUAAUAUUAUUAUUAUUAUUAUUAUUUAUAAUGCGCCAGCAAAUUCUGCAGCACCGUACAAUAGGAAAUAAAGGAUAGUGCUGCACUCAGGCGUAAAAGUAUGCUUAGCAAUUAUUUGCAAUCCGCAGAUCCAGAACAUACCAUAACUGCACACAGUUCCAAAUAGUAUAUUAUGGAUACGUGAUGUAAGACACAUUGCACAUGGUGCAAGCUGCUUAAUGAAAAAGUUAGAAAUCUAUGCAAGAUUUCUUGUGUUGCCUAAAUACAGCACACUAGCUUGGAUCUUAGCCUAAAGUUUGCAGUUCAGAUUUAUUUUACUACAGUUUAUAAUUAUUAACAAUUAAUAAAUAAUUGUGGGGUUCUAAAAGACCCUCUAUCAUCCACUGUCCCCCAUUAAAACAACCCUGGGGAUUCGUAUUUUGCAUUUUUAGGUGUUAGUCUCAAAAAAAGAAAUCAUAUACCCAGUUUAUUAAAAUGUGCAAUUUACUUUGAAUUCUCUCUUUAGUAAACAACCCUGUGAAUCACAGUUAUAUUUUUGAAAAUAACACCUACAUAUGCAAAAUACAAAUCCCCAGGGAUGUUUUUAAGAGGGAACAGUGUGUGUGUGAUGCUCCCUCCUUAUUUUAGAACCCCACAAUUAUUUAUGAAUCCCUCACCCACCUUACCUGGAGAACGGAAUUUCUAACCCCUCUCUGGACACUCAUCAUGUCUGGAAAACAAUUGAGGUUGAAUCAUUAAGCAUCAUAAGGACCCUCAGAUGAUGGGUACUUAUGUCUUAUCCCACAGAACCAGCAUUGACAGAUGAACAGGUUUUUGGUGACCUAUCCAGUGGGAUAAUUAAUCCCCUAUAACAGCAUACACAGGUCUGGGAAAACAUAUAUUACUCAAUGAGGCCUACCUUGUUAUUGAUUAAUGAUUCCCUCCUGGCAGGGCCAGCACUUCCUAUAAGGCGAACUAGGCAGCCACCUAGGGCGCCAUAUAGGAGGGGGCGCCCUGCGCCCUUAUCGCCGGCCCUAAUGCUGCAGCCGCCUGAGUGCUCUAUAGAGAGCCUCAGGCGGCUGCAGCACUGACUCUCUCCUCCCCUCCCCUUCCCUGUGUAGCGUGGCCGAGCUCCUCUCAGGUCCGCAGUACAGGAACAUGCGUUUCCUGUACCCAGCCGGACUGAUAGGAAAUGCACACUUAGGUAAUGUUCUUAGGUAAUUUAGACCUUAGUGUGCACUUCCUGUCAGUCUGGCCGGGUACAGGAAAUAGAAGCUCCUGUACCGCGGACCGAAAAGGAGCUCGGCCACGCUACACAGGGAAGGGGAGGUGAGGAGAAGAACAAGAGGGGUGAACGGGGUGAGAAGAACACAGAGAGGGAGGGGUGGGUGAAAAACACGGGGGGGAUAUUGAGAAAAACACAAGGAGGGAAGGGGUGGGUGAAAAACACGGGGAAGAACACAGGGAGGGGGGGGGAGAACACAGGGAGGGAGUGGAGAACACAGGAGUGGGGAGUAAGGAGAACACAGGCAGGGUGGGGGGGAGGAGGAGAACAUAGGGAGGGUGGGGAGUGAGGAGAACACGGGGGUGAGGAAAACACAGGAGAGAGUAAGGAGAACACUGGGAGAGGAGGGAGUAAGGAGAACACAGGGAGAGGGAGGAGGAGGAGAACACAGGGAAGGUUGGCAUGAGAAGAACACAGGGAGGGGGAUGAGAAGAACACAAGGGGGAUGAGAAGAACACAGGAGGGAUGAGAAGAACACAGGGGGGGAUGAGAAGAACACAGGGAAGGGGAUGAGAAGAACACAGGGAGGGGGAUGAGAAGAACACAGGGGGGGUGAGGAGAAGAGACCGCUAGGAGAGGGGGGGGGAGAGGAGAGAACACUAAGGGGCAGGGGAGAGCUCUAAGGGAUGGAAGGGAGAGCUCUAUAGGACAUGGGGAAGGACAGGGAGCUCUUUCACAAUACUUGCACACACACAAUGCAUCCCUACACGCGCACAGAAACACAACAUGCUUCCCUUACACACAGAGAAACACACAAUGCAUCCAUUACACACACACACACACAAUGCAACCCUUACACAUAAAGACAAUGCAUCCUUUGCACACAUAGACAGAAACACACAAUGCAUCCCUUACACACACAUGGAAACACACACACUGCUUCUCUUACAUACACACAGAAACACAUUGCAUCUUUUACACACACUUAAUGCACCCCUUACAGACACACACACUGCAUCCCUUACAUACACAGAAACACACCUUGCAUCCCUUAUGCACACAACCAGAAACACACAAUACAUCCCUAAUACACAAACACACACUGCUUUCUAUCCCUUACACAAAAACACACUGCUUGCACUACACACAAACACACUGCAUCACCUACACAAACUGGUACCCUUAUACACUACAUUCCAUAAGCACACACAUUAGAUCCUCUUCAAUAACACAUAACGCAUCCCUUACACACUCCACUCUCUGUGACCGAACUCAUGGGUGGAACAUGUAGGUGGACUUAUGAGUGGUCCUUAUGGGCAUACUCACCGUCAGGCCCUGAGGCCCAGACCUUGAGCUGUGUAAGGGGCCCCAAAAAUGGAGCUGCUUCCCGUUCUCCCCGAACAUUGAAUUUUGUGACCACAGUUACAAACAGCCUUCAGAGAUCCUGUUCUACACCAAACCAGCGGAGCCAAACUGCAGCCAGAGCCCAUCACCAUCCUCAUCUGGUUGUAAGUAGGCAAUCUAUUAUAUUAUUAGUAAAAACUAAUCUCUAAUUUACUUCACAUUAAAGGGACACUAUAGACCCCAGAACCACUGCAGCUUAAUGAAGUGGUUCUGGUGUCUAUAGCCUGUCCCUGCAGGCUUUUUAAUGUAAACACACACUGUGUGCAGCACUGGCAUUAGUUCAUAUGGCAAAUAAUAUGGGUGGGGCAAAAUUUUUCUUUUUUCUAGGGCGGCAAAACUCCUUGCAUCGGCCCUGCCUCCUGGUUAUUUGAUGGCCUGGGGGACCCUUGUAUCUUUCAUUUCUUUUAUCUAGGUCACUUUUGUGCUUUAUAUUUUUUACACUAGUUAUUUAUUUGAUGAAUAUCAUAGGAAUCAUUUAGAAUUUUUAUCUGAGUAAUAUCUAAGAUAUUUGUCGCGUUUUUAAGGACAUUAAGAAUGAUUGGAUUGCUCUAGUUCAGUGAUGGCUAACCUUGACACCAUAAAUUGUUUCUGGACUACAUUUCCAUUGAUGCUCAGCUAGCUAGCUAAGAAGCUAGCUGAGCAUCAUGGGAAAUGUAGUCCAGAAACUAUUUAUGGUGUCAAGGUUAGCCAUCACUGCUCUAGUUCAUAUCUCAUUUAGAUAUUUUUUUAGUUAGUUUUUUUAAUUUUGAAGAAUAAUACAUUUAGCAAACCAUAUGCCCAAAACUUUUCAAAAUUGUCACGCUAACCAAGAUUUAGCUAGUGAUUUGUGUUUAAUCGUCUCUUUCUUGCCAAACCUGCAGGAAAUGCUCCAGCUGAGACAGAAAGUGUGCGAUCCUUUCAUUAAUGCAAAUUAAUUUCAAGAUUAAUUUGAACUAAAAUAGAAUCUGAUUCCAAAUACCAAAGAUAAUUCUUUUUUUGGCAUUUGUUACAAAUAAUGUGAUUUAACACAAAAAUUACACAUUCAUGUUUUUAUUGCAAACAAAAUAGGAGGAAAAUAACUUUAGAAGGUUUAAAAAUAUAUAUUUUUGUUUGAUUUGUCUACUUAGGAGACAAAUAAUCAUAAAAUAAAAAAACACAACUUUUAAAGCUCAUGUAUUUUAAAAAAAAGUGCUAUGUAUGUCUUUUUACUGUGAAAUCCACAAUGCAGACCAGAUGAUGAAAUAAAUUAUAAACUAGCACUCAAAAACAAUUAGUUCAACAAGGGUUCUCUUUCUCAGAGAUUUUCCUUUAAUCUCUUCUUAUGUAAUUUCUCCAAAGCAAACAGGUAAACGAGAAAUAUUCACACACAAAAAAGAUAUAUAUUUUUUUUUUUUUUUUUAGAAUAAUACUCUUUUAAUACUGUUGGAGUUAAUAUGUCAAUACAACCAUCACAAGAAAUUUAUUAUUAAAGCCCCUUCCACAAAAUUCCACAAUGAUGAAGCGGUUAAUCCUCAUGUCAAGUUUGGCACCAUAGGAAUGAGAAUACAAACAUAGUAUAUAGACUGUAUAUUAUUAUUAUUAAUAUAACGCCGAUAAUUGUAACCAGACAAGUUGGAUGAACAGGAACAGAGGGGUUGAGUGCUUAAUGAGCGUAAGGGUAGGAGUAGAAAAGUAGGUUGGUAGAAUAGUAUUCGCUGAAAAAAGUGUUUUGAUGACCGUUGCAGGAGAGGAAUCAAGGUGUGUGUGGGGGGAGGGGGAUUAACAGUUUAAUUCAUACGCUUUCCUUAAGAAGUGAUUUUUUUUUGAAUGAGUGGAGACUGGGUGUAUGUCUAACAGAGAAGGGAAGUGAGUUCCACAGGAACGGUGCAGCCCUAGAGAAGUCUUUUUAAGGUAAGCAUCAGAGGUAGGAGUACGAACAGAGGAUAGACAUAGGUCUUCGUCAGAGUUUAGGUGCCCAGAUGGGACAUACUUGUGCAUAGUAUACAAAUAUAAAAACCACUUUAUUCACGCACGUAUAAAAUUAUCAAAUUGGCAUAUCUCAUGAAGAUAUGUUUAGUUACCAUUCCUGGCUGAAGGUGUCUAUAACAUCUCCAACCAGUAUCCAUUAUAUCACAAUAAAGGCACAUAUUAUAUUUUUGCAGAUUGUUAAUAAUUGCUUGCCAAUAGAGGAAAUUAGAGAGAUUGAAUGUAUCCUUAGAUAUAUUUGCAAAUUAAAUCCUCCACUAUAAUGAAUACAUAUCAGUCUAGCUCUGUUAGACAAGUCUACACAGUUUACACUGGAACAUGACCUUGCUUUGUUAGUUACAGUAUGUUGGAAUGUUAAACUAUGUUUGACUAGUUGUUUUCUGUCCUCCAGGCCUAAUGCUCUGACUACUGCAAACAUGUCUCUAGAUCUCUCCAUUACUGGUCGUCGCACUUCAUUUCCUCCGCGCAAAGGGCGCAGCACGUACCGUGUUAAAGCUGCAAAUUCAUAUGUUGAUGAGACUCUGUUUAGUAGCAUUCCAGGAAGAGCAGAACCAGCCCUACAGUGGAGUCCAGGACCACCAAGUGAGGUCCCACGUGUGUGGAGUCAAAAUGAAACUAUAGAGACCAAAGGUGGCACCAGCUCUAGGACUAACCGUACCCCAACUGGAAGCCCCAGGAAGAAAACACAAUAUAGGUAUGAAUUAUAGUAAAAUGGCAAAUGCAUUGGAUAUAGUACUGCUAGGGAGAGGUUUCAAGACAUGACUCUGGAGGUACAGGAGAGUUUAUCUGGUUUAAUAUAGUGCAGUGCAAGCUUGCAAUUUCAAAGGGAAAAGACUUGGUUUCACCAGUCCACUGAUGGUAAAAUGAGCCACUUGUUUUUUUUUUUUAUUUAUAUUCUUUAUUAGAAUUUUCUUUUCUCACAAUACAUACAUUUAACAUAAUACAGUGUUCCAGAUUUGUUCUAACAGGGAAAUUUCACACAAUCAUUUAUAUUCGUUAAACAUCUAGAUUGACAUAGUAUAACUAGACAUGGCAUCUUCCUGUGUGACCAUCCUAUUACUGACCCUAGGCUCAUCUAGAACACAACAAAAAACAUAAUAACAUAAAACAACAAACCCAUGGUCCUAUUACAAAUACGAGAAGAAGAAAACAGCCUUAAUCCUGCUGGAGCUCUGGAGGGAUUCAUCUUUUUCUAAGUUUUAUUAUUUAUUAUAAUUGAGCCACUUGUUAUUACAGUGGCAUUGUCAACCUCUCCAACCCUCCCCUUCAAAAUGAGUAUUUCAUAAAGAUAGAAUCUCUGAAAUUCCACUUGAGUCAAUAGAUAUACUGAGAUAAAGUAGGGACUACAGUUUCUCAGAACUCUUCCAAUGCCUGACACUUCUUGACACUGGGCGGAGCUACCGCUGUCAAGAAGUAUUAAUUCCCCCAGCCGUUGCCGGUAACAGCUCCAGGGAAAUUAGCUCUGUCAAUGGAGGGUCUUGCGGAAUGCUCCAUAAAUCUCCCUGCCGUAAAUAAAGCAGUUAUGUUGGCUCCUGGUAGCUCAAGCCUGAGGAGCAGAAGAGGACCCGCCAGAAGUAGAUGGCGGCGCCUGUGAGGGGAAGGUUCAGGUAAGUAGAAUUUACCUUUCCAUGCUCCUCCCGGCCUCCUGAGCCUUUAGCGGCAAUGUCACUGUCGGGGGUCUUUAGAAAUUAUGCAAAGACCCCAGACGGUACCAGUGUUGCUUUAAAGUGUGCAACUCUGUCAAAUGUAGAUAAAUGAUAUCAUGAUUGAUAAUAUAAAGGCAUUGUUGAUGUUACUUUUGACCCAGGAUUUUUAAUACAUUAUAUAGAUAAUACUUUCAGAUAUGGGCAGAACCAUUACAUUGUCAACUAAACAUGGGGCCAGUGACCUAAAACAUGUACUCUAGCACUAUAGUGUUAGGCAUACAUGUUUAUAUUCCUAACACUAUAGUGAUCCUUUAACGUAGAAGUUUAGGCUGUAGUAGUUAUGAUACUAGGAGUAACUCUUUAACUUAGCAUUUCCCCACUGAAUCACCAUUUACUGGGUCUGUCUGCAUCUGCAAAAUUGUUAGCAGCAUUACUGCAACUGCUAUCAGUUCACUGUUUACCAUCUCCCUGUUUAGCAUCGCCUGGGAAGAGAAAGACAGCUUUAAAAUGGGCAUACAUAUAAAUUAUUUAAACGAAUCCUUGCAGAAAGUAGUGUGGCAGCCAAAUAGGAAAAUGAAAAGAAAUAAAGGCAAGUACUUGCUUGUGAGAACACCAUAAUUCCUCUCCUGAGAGUCAAUAGAAAAGCCAUCAUAUAAGUAAAUCACUGUUGCUUUGUACAAUUACAUGCAGUCUGCAGCUGGAUGUCUGCAUUAACCACAGUGGCACUUGUUUGGACCUGGUAUGAAGUGAAUAUACAUCCUUCUGUAGGGAGCAUGGGAUAUUGUGUCUUGUACCAAGAAUAGCAAGUUAAGAGCUCGAUUUAAUGUAUUUGGAUAAGCGUUUCAAACUAAUAUUUUUGGAUAAACAUUUAAAUUUAUUUAAUAGUCUAAAAAUAUUUUGAUAUUUUGAUUUGUUAAUAUAUCUUUUAAAUAUCAUUUUAAUAUUUUGAAUAAAUAAUUUUAAACGUUUAUACAAAAUUAUUAUAUCAUUUGUGAAGCUUAUCCAAAAAUAGUGAAUCAAGAGGUCUAACUAGGAAAUGUUGUAAUGCUGGUCAAUACUUUCUAAUGUCACUUUAAUAACAGUGAGGUUUUGAUGACUACUUCUUCUCUACAACUUUCUAUUUAGGGUGAAGAGUCGAACUCCUUCUUACUGUGAUGAGACUCUGUUUGGUCAGGGGAUAGACGAUUGUGGUUGGGAGGCACCAUGGGUGAAGAAAGAAGAUUCCAUAAGACUACGUCCUCUCCUAUGGUGUCCUACCCCAGUGUUACGUCCACAAAUCUCCAAACCAGUUACAAAUACAUUUCCUGUCCGAGCUGUACAUCCCCCAGAAGGAUCAGAAAGUAUUUUGGGGACUUACAAGGGGAAAGGAGAGUUCUGGAAAGUCCCAGACAAUGACUCUGAUUGCGGUGGUUCUCCUUCUGUAACAGGACCCUCAAUUAGUGCCAGAUCUCAUAGGCGUUCUUCAAGCAGAGACACAGCCCGUGCAGCAAGCUGGUCAGGUAGAGGGUCAAUUAGGAAAGAAUCGGGUACAAUGCAACAAAGGCCUCCAUGGAAGUGAAGUGACAGAGAGAGCAAUGUGUGUUCUUCAUGUAAAUUGACAGUGUAGGACCUUAAAUGUGUUUCCAUUUUGAAACAAUGUUUUAAAACAUAGUGGGAAACAAACGGGAUUAGAGUCAAUAUAUUAACAAAUUUACGGGUUUAUUCAUUUAACAAGCCUCUGCUACAUUUUCUAAAUGUAGACCAAAAUAGCCAACUUUGAAAAUUCUGACAUUAAGGCAUUGAUUUAACAAACUUUCCAAAUGAGGAAAUUCUAUUAGAAAAACUUUCCAAAUGGUUUAUCUACAGAAAUAACCAUUAAAAGAACACUUUAGACACCAAGACCACUUCAUCUCCAUGAAGUGGUUUUGGUGCAGUGUCCCUGUGCCCUUAACUGUGCAAUGCAAAACGCAUUCUUUAGUGGCUGUCAUACUGACACUGACAUAGUCAAACUUGAUCAUGUGAUGCGGAAGUCCCGCAGGAAAGCAUUGGUUCAGUGCAGCACUUGCCGCACCUGUGCAUUAGGCCCACAAUGCUUCUCUAUAAGGAGCAUUGGAUAGAACCCUCACGGAGGAGGCAGGUGACUUCAGUGGGGGAAUGAGGGACUGAGGGUGCCUUGAUGCUCAAAACAGGUAAGUAAAAUAUGUUGUUUUAUUUUUGUGCAUGUAGGGACAAGAAUACCAUAGAAAUAUAAAUUUGUAUUCCUAAUGUGUGUAAAACGUUUCUAGGAAUAUUUGAAGAUAAAUAAUUUGGAAAUAUUUUAUAACAUGAAUGAAUCAUUUGGAAAGCCUAUUAAAUAGAGGAUUAUAUUUCCAUCUUGACUAUGCUACCAUAAUUUAGUUAAAUUGGUUUUAGAUUUACUAAAACUCACUAUUUAGUCAGUAAACCAAUAGUGGGUGUCAAAGGAUUGAAAAAUAGGUGUCAGUAACAUGUGGAUGAUUUACUUUUCACAAUGUAAGUAUAAAACCUAAUUAUCUGCUGAUUCUGACAGUGGUGACACUGAGCUGCUCCAAAUGGCCUGGGGCCUUUAGUUGCAUCAUGUCACAAACUGUCUUGUCAGAUUGUAAGUAGAGUGUUCUCCCAGGUCAAUAGAUGCCUACUGAACCUGUCACAUUCAUGCCUACAUUUUAGAUGAAAUGUGCAUGCUUCUCAUCUAAACAUCCUAGAGAGCACAAUUCACACAUUGUUCACAUUGUCGAUGACAUUGGAACACUCAGGAAGAGGAAAAUGGAGACAAUCAAAUAAAUGUAUGGUUUGGAAAUUCAGAAAUGAGCAAAAACCAAAUAUAUUAUCUAUUCAACAGAUAUGAAACCGUGCUUUAUAGCAGAAUACAUUUUUCUUACUAACAUCUUGCAUAGGGCCAUGUAAAAAGGAGAAAAUCAAGACAGGCCUAUAAAUACAUAUAGCUAAAUAGCUCUUUUUAGUGCAUUUCCUGACUUACCUUUGGCUCAUGGGGCAGCCAUUUUUAUUGUUUCUAGGUCAUAACAAAGACUACUUAUUUAAUAUUUAUAUCAUUUUUACUCAAACUACCGCAACAUGCCUCUCAAUAUUGCAAAUGGCCAAAGAGGCACUCUUACUAUAUAGGGUAGAGCUAGUCUUGCCAGGGAUAUUCGUGCAGAUUUUAGGCAAAUAUAUGACUUACUGAUAAUCAUUUAUGUAACUGAAGAGUAAUUAAAGAAAAAAUUAUGGUAUUUAUAUUAUUAAAAUAAAGAGUACAUGUAAUUUAGCCUCUGUGUAUUAGUUUAUAAUACAUUCAUACGUAAAUACUUGCUUUAUUGCAUCUCCUGGUCUUCCUGCAGCUAUCUUUAGAUGCUUUUGACAGAUUAUCCUGAGCAAUGAAUAGGUGAAACAGUCAGAGUCCAUUUGAGAAGCCUGGCGCUUCUGAGCGAUAUCAAAAUUUGUCACGUCUCACUAUCUUUAGGUUACCAGUGUGGAUUAUGUGGGAAUAAGUGUUUCUUAUGACCUAUACAAAAUAAAAAUGGCUGCCCCAUGAGCCAAAGGUAAGCCAGAUAAUGCACUAAAAAGAGCUAUUUAGCUAUAUGUAUUUAUUACAAAAUAGUAUAUACAGAGGCUAUAAUUCAUACAAUACUUUAUAUAAUAUACAAAUUAUGACAAAACUAAAUUAUUUUAUUUGCACAGACUAAUUUUAACACAUGUAUUGUAAUUUAAAGAUAGGUUUUUGUGAAGCUAUGUAACAGAUUCAUGCAUAUAUAAUAUGGGGCUCCCAGAAGAACGGGAUAGUCAGAUUUGAGAAACUAUUCCACUUUAAGGGCACACCUAUAACUGACUAAAAUAGUAAGACGGUGAUUUAUUUUCCAUAGUGACCUUAUAUAUUUCUAUCUUUAUGAGAAAACUGCAAGCGACCACAUACAAAAGGUCACAUUAUGCACUUCACAAAAGUGAUGGCUAACAUAUUUAUAUUUUAUCAAUGAGCUUGCUUUAUUUGUUUUUGUAAUUGGAUAUAGUCAGACCUUUGUCUAUGACUAUUUUAUGAGAUGAAAACAUGCUUAUUUUGUGAAGGUGAAUUAAAAUGUUUGGCUAAUAACAGGGACUAUAAAUAGUAUUCUAUGAAAAUUACCAUUGGUAGAGCAUUGUUUGCUUUUACUGAUGCCUUGCAAUCCCCCGGAGACAUAAUCUAUGAGCAGGCCAUAUUUAAUCAUUUAUGUUAUAUAGUAGAACAGUCGGAUUUUCUAAAAAACUUGAGUGAUGUACAAAGAUGCAACACUGUGUCGUGAACUGCAAAAAGUACUGUAGCUUUUUCUUAAUUGUUUUCUUUGCAGAAGAUUUAUUGCCAAAGCGUCUAAUUUCAAUAUUUAUAACCAUCUCCUUUGCUGUGAUCCCAGUACUGCUUUUCAGGGAUUCUUGUUGCUGAGAGUCAUAGUGAUGUGCAUAUAGGACUAGAAAACUAUAAUGAGCUGCGGCAUGCUCAAUUAUAAAUUAUACCCCGACUUCCCACUGCUGGGGGUUAUUUGAUGUGCAUGUGGCUGCCAAACCCACAUAAUGCUUCAGGCUCAUAAGGAAGAUUCAUGAAAGACUUUGUAGCCAGACCGUUACUUUCUGGAUAUCAACUAACACUAGCAGCUGAGUGCAUCUAUCCUGUUUCAGUUCUUGUGAUCCCAAGUUCCUGAAACCUACUUAUCUACUCCUGCUAUACUGUCUUGUGUUGCUGUUCACUUGGUAACGCUACCUAUUGGUCCUUCUUUAAUCUCUUCAAAAAGUACAAGCUCAAUGUCCUCUGUCUUCAGUACAUCAAUAAUAAUUGAAAAAAAUAAUACAGCUCUAUACUACUAGCUUUAAUCAGGUCCUGUUCCCAGCGUUCAAGCCAACCUCUUCGCAGUAUAUGCGGUGUCCUUGAGGUCAAUGACUGGGUAUCCAUUCCAUUCUAAGUCCUGUGGCUGGAAGAGCUCAACCUACCAGCAUAGACACAGGAUUGUAUGAUGGACAACUGUGCUUUAUGGUUUAAGGUGCCAUAUACUGGUAUCUGCAUUUGGAGUUCUACUGUCAAGAUACAAACUGAUUUCCAUCCUGAUUUACACAUCUCUGUCUUCAUCACUCAUUCUAGUAUUGUCUGGUGGUCCUCCGUUAAAAACUUUGCUUGCAGCUUGAAACUGAUUUUUAACACCCAUUACAGCAUUGUUAGAAUGCUACUGUUUUAUGAGUGCUUUAUUCAGUAGUAUUUGAGUGCCAUACUGAGAUGACGAGUAUAAUCUGUGUAGUAGCAGGUGAGUGCCUUUGAGAAUAAGAGCGUUAUCUUGUUAGUUGUGUGUCAAUGCCUUUUAGAAUACAGAGUUCUCUACUUAUCCGUAUGUGAGUGCAUUUAACACUAUUAUAAUUCUCUGUUCAGUUGUGUGUAAGUGCCUAUAAUAUACUCAGUUUGAGUGCUUUCCAACAGAGUCCUCAUGGCACACCAACAGUCCAGGUUUUGUCAGUAUCUCUAUUGGAGCAGAACUGGUAAAUCCAGAACUGUUGAGCACAGGGCUGAGAACCACUGCUCUAUUUAGGAGUGAGUGAAUGCCUUUGAGAUAAGGAGAAUACACUAUAUGGUAUGUGUGAGAGCCCCCAGUGUUUACGUGUCUUCAAUAUGAUCAUCUGAUCCAUUUCAGGGAUGUCUAACUACAGCCCUCCAGAUGUUGCUGUACCAUAUUUGCCAUGAAUAUCACCCUAUAGAGAUUUAUGGAAUAAAAGUAGGGCAAAGUGUGUUGGCGCUUCUUACAAGAGGAAAAAGUGCAGGGUGAAUUAUUAGGUGUGUCCCCUUAUACACCUAAAUAAUAGGUACAAAUAGAUAAAAAGAUGCAAUGUCCUUUUAACGAUCUGUACCUAUAGAGAUUUAUAUCAUUGGUUUAAUCUAAUCUGCGUGCAUUUUUCUGGUGAUUGUCCCAGAUUUCUGGUUGGUGUUAUUUUGUCCUGUCUUCCUCUGCAUCUGUACUUUUCCUCUAAAACACAGCACAUUUUUCAGAAACAGCAUAGAUUCAUGCAUUUUACAUAAUUUAAUUAUGUAGGUAUUAUUUAAAGAACUUUUCCCAAACUAUAAAAUGAUAUAUACAGAAUCUUACCUUGGCUUGAGUAUUCUACAAGAUAAGAGUGCCUUGCAUUUUUAUUGAUUACAACACAUAAAGCACUAGCUUGGCAUACUUAUACAAAUUUCAAAGCCGCUGUGCUAAAGUAUUGGAAUAUUACAGGUUUUUCACUAAAGUGAGAAUUAAAGGAGAAUUCCAAAUGAAUUUCAAAUUUAAGGUCACAAUUGUUAAAGUGAACAAAUGAUCCAAGUUAUUAGAGCAUUUUAUUUCGGUUCCGCUACUAUGCCCUUACAUUUGGAAUUCAUGUUGAAUUAUCACUAUAUAUUAAAGGACCACUCUAGGCACCCAGGCCACUUCAGCUUAAUGAAGUGGUCUGGGUGCCAGGUCCCUCUAGGAUUAACCCAUUUUUUUUUUUAUAAACAUAGCAGUUUCAGAGAAACUGCUAUGUUUAUAAAUGGGUUAAUCCAUCCUCCAAAUCCUCUAGCGGCUGUCUCAUUGACAGCCGCUAGAGGCGCUUGCGUGAUUCUCACUGUGAAAAUCACAGUGAGAACAUGCAAGCGUCCAUAGGAAAGCAUUAUGAAUGCUUUCCUAUGAGACCGGCUGAAUGCGCGCGCAGCUCUUGCCGUGCGUGCGCAUUCAGCCAAAGGGGAGGAUCGGAGGCGAAGAGCUCCCCGCCCGGUGCUGGAAAAAAGGUAAGUUUUACCCCUUUCCUCUCCCCAGAGCCCGGCGGGAGGGGGACCCUUAGGGUGGGGGCAACCUCAGGGCACUAUAGUGCCAGGAAAACGAGUAUGUUUUCCUGGCACUAUAGUGGUCCUUUAAAGAACUCUGGUAUUUUAUUUUUUUAAAUGUUUGUAACUGCUUCACCCCUUUUUCCAUUUGGUGGGGGUUAGCUUAUAUGUUAAACGCCUCAAUAUUUAAUUUUCCUUCUUGGCUGGUCGUAGUUUUGAAGACAGAUGGCCACGAGAAAUUUCUGUUGGCUAUACUGACCAUAACUGCAUCAUUACUACAACAGAAAUGGCCAGUCACUAGGAAAGGGGAAUUUAUGGUAAGCAAUAUAGAAUAUAAUGAUCAUACUUUUAUGUGUGUGUGUAUGUGUAUAUAUAUAUAUAUUUCCAGUUGUGUCACUAGAUUUCUUGAAGAUGUUCAAACUUGGAAAGUGAAGGCAAUAGUAGUCCCAGUUGUGAUAGGAGCACUCGGGGCUGUGACUCCCAAGUUGGGGGAGUGGAUUCAAUAGAUUCCAGGUGGGACAUCUGAGAUCGCUGUCCAUAACAGUGCAGUUCUAGGAACAGCUAAGAUACUGCACAGAACCCUCAAACUCUUAGCCCUCUGGUAGAGGACCUGAGAAUGAGGAAUAAGCAUACCACCCAGGAGGGGUGAGAAAAUAUUUAUAUGUAUGUAUGAUCCUUAUAUGCUAUAUUCUAUAUAUAUAUAUAUAUCAUUUAUAACCUUUAUAUGUGCCAGCGAUUAAACCACAUGAAUGUUUUCUUUUACUUUAUACAUGUAUUUUUUACAGCUUUUUGCAGCUGUACAUAAAUAAUCAACUACAUGCUGUAUGUGGUGCAUCUGGCAAAUUUAUUUUAUACUAUAUUUUAUGACUGUCCAUUUAUUAGAAUACCAAUAAUAAUAAUUUUUAUUCUGUGCCCUUGUUUUGUGAUAAAAUCUACUUAAAAAUGUCAUGCACUUUGCGUUUCUCAUUCGCCAUUCUGUUUAUCUGUACAUAAUUACUGUGUUGUGCUUUUCUUGUUUUGAGCUGUAUGAUAAUAUGACUGUGUUUACUGCUAAUGUCUUUGUAUAAACUGUGUGAAAAUCUAUGGUAGGCAGUUUUUGCCAGUUCGUUAUUUGAACUUAUUUUUAUUCACAUAAAUAAAUUGAUUCUUUUCAGUCAAUGUAUAUGAUUAAAUAUUAAUGAAAUAAUAUGGAAUUACCAUGUUUGCUGCAUUAAAUAUAGAAAAUACUUGACAUGUUAUUCCUUUUGGGUAAUAAAGUUGACUUACAGUGUUGUGAAGGGCAAAUUUAUUGCAUCUCAAGGAAUGUAUAAAUUACAUCUUUAUUUAUUGUGUUGCAUAUUUAGCUAAUGAAUAAAGAGUUGCCAGAAAAUCCCUCAUUUGUUGCAUGUUUCUCAGAAAAUUCUCCCUGGCCCCUACUUUGUUCCUAAAAGAAACUCAGAUGGUAUCCCAUGAACCCUAG